CGCCGCGCGCCUCCGUCUCAGCGGUCGCCGCGUCAACGGCAGGCCGGCAGCGCCGUCCCCGACCAGCUCGCGCGGCGGAAACAUGAUCGUCUGCGUCGCCGUCGUCGGCCACCAGAACAACCCGCUGUACCUGCAGAGCUUCACGGAGGCGGACGACGCCCUCAAGCUCCACCACGUCGUCCACUGCUCCCUCGACGUCAUCGACGAGCGAGUAAACAAUCCUAAAAGGAGCGCGCCUACACUGAAUGAGACAUUCUUGGGUCUUCUAUAUCCGACUGAGAACUACAAAGUGUACGGCUAUUUGACAAACACAAAGGUCAAAUUUUUAAUGGUCACAACUGAUCUUGAUGUGAAAGAUGCAGAUGCCCGAAAUUUUUUCAGGAAGUUCCAUGCCGCAUACGUAGACGCGGUCUCGAACCCCUUUCAUGUCCCCGGGAAGAAGAUCGCCUCGAGAAGCUUUGGCGCAAGAGUAAGCACCAUCGUGAAAUCCUUUGGUUCAGGGACAACCGGUUGAACACUGCAUCCGAACCACCGCGUGAUCAACCAUUGUGCGCAUUUCCCCCCUUACCCAAGCAAGUUAUCCAUUCGGUACCGUGUGUAUGUUGAACUGGAUGCUAGUUUGAUAUUCAAGGAAGAAUAUGGCUGUUCUUGUUAUUGACAAAAAUUGUGCCCUG